UGGCUUUGUCUUUCGACAGAAGGAGGGACAUGCGAGGUGAUUGCAGCACACAGGUGCUGUAACAAAAACAAGAUUGAAGAGAGAUCUCAGACAGUGAAGUGCUCCUGUUUACCAGGGAAAGUGGCAGGUACCACCAGGAAUAAACCCUCCUGUGUUGAUGCCUCCAUAGUGAUUGGGAAGUGGUGGUGUGAGAUGGAGCCGUGUCUGGAGGGAGAGGAAUGCAAGACUCUACCAGAUAACUCCGGCUGGAUGUGCUACUCUGGAAACAAGAUCAAGACCACCAGGGGAAACAUCCAAGAAGACAAGCUGAAUUAAGUUUUCCCAACUCUAAACCAACAGACAUGUGUUUAAUGACUUGAAAUGGAGUCCUCUGCUCAUAAAUCCAUCUGUCUCUGAGUAACACGGACACCAGACUUUCUGAGAUAAUCUCUGUGGGCGUUGAACACUGCUGGUUCUUUCGUUGUUUCAUUUUUGUUUGACAAUUGUCAAAUAUUUGUUUCCUCUCAGUGAGUCCUGGAUAAUUACACUCGUAUCCCUUUGUGUGGAGUGCACUCAAACCAGCUAUACCUUGCCUGAAAUAAUCUUCAACUGUAAUAUUCUUGGAUGUUCCUAUGUCUCCGGAAGAACAUAUUAAUUUGCGUACUGUAUUUAGUGAAACUGGCUUCCUGUUCAUGUGGAUUUUCAGAAGAGGAUUGAUCCUCAGCAAGCAAGUUUCAUUAAGACACUUUGUGCAUCGACUGUGAGCAAAAUGCAGAGGAGGACAUGUACAUGGAAUGACCGAUCCAGUCCGGAAAUGUUCCUCUGUUUCCUGGAACAUUAUAUCAGAUUCAGAAUGAAUUCUGGUGGUGAUAUUGAAACCAAAUAAGUCUUUAGCAUGAUUUCUGUAAAGCUGUAAAAACAGGUGAAAGAAAUGUUUUACAUAAAUAAAAUGAAUUCAAAACAUGCAAAAAUGAUGUUAUAACUGUAUUUAAUUUAAAAUAAACAAUAAUUUAAUGUGAACGUAAUGGGUGGGAAGGUGCAAAGGUACAGUCUUGUUUACAUUUUCUUGUCCGCUGUUUUUAUUAUUAUUUUUGAGCUUCAGUAAUAUUUUGACAAAUUGAGUCAUCAAGGCUUAACUGUAGUGUUCUGAGAAUUUACAUGUUUAAUGAAAAACUAAUAGACCAUCAGUUUGACUGCAGCAAUAUAUAAAAGUUGUGGAUUUAUUACUGAAGUUAAUGAAGCCUGAUUGAAAUAUGCUGGUGCAUGCACAUAUAAAAUACCAUGACAUUUAAAUAUUCUGAAUCAAAUUCAUUUCCCGUUGUUCAAAUAUAACUUCAUUAAAUGGUACAAGUCCUAUUAAGACCAUUCUGUAUAUUGGGGCAAUGUGAUUGUUUGAAUGGACCCGAGGAAAGCGGGUGGAGCGUCUUUGAGUGUGUAGGCAGGCAGUCCACGCUGAAGGACACUGUGGAAAUUCUGACACCGCUGGGACAUUUACCUGUCGUUUACAUUCAGAAAUAGUCCUCUCUGCUCGGAGCAGCUGAGGGCCAUGUACACACUCUGAAUAUGUAGCUCCAGCAUUUUAAGCAGGGAGCCAUGAACAUAAGAGGCUCAGUGUUGCUGCCGGCAUGCAGAAAGGAGGCUCUAACUACAGGCUGAGUGAAUACAGAUCACUACAUUUACAGUCCUCCGCAUGGGACAGCAGAGGAUGAACUUUAGCCCUCACCUUCAGCGGAGCUUUAGUGGAAUUUCAAACAGUUGACUACAGAAUAUCAGAGUGCAAAAAUUAAUACAAGGAAACUUAAGCAAAUAUCAGCAUUAUCUCUGGCAGGCUGAGCUUUUGCUCGCAGUUGGUUUUUCUAAUUUCAGUCUCCAGCAUCAUUAUACAAUAGUUUCAUUGCUCAGAUUUGAUUGGCUGAGCAGCGUUCCAUACCAGAAACCCUUUUAAAUUCCAAAAUAAUAGAACAUUAUACACUAACAGAUCUCCCACUAUAUUAAUAUUGAGCAAAACACAUGAAAUAACAUUCAUGUUACAAUUUAUUCUCCUUUAACUGUCGGAAGCAAAGCAUGCUGGGAACUAGAAAUCUGCUGUAACUCAUUC